AUGACGUCUACCUCUUCCUUUAAUGCCACCCUGGCUGUAUUAUUAGCCGCCAAGUAUUGCCGUCAAUAUCCUCUAUUUCAAUGGCGCGAAGAAGCUCUCCCAUCGAUUGGUAGACGCGCUGAGAAAUAUUGUUUUCGUAUCGAUAUGCUUAAUUUACGUCAAGAAACAUGUGGUGAGAUGGUGUUGGCUUUGAUACCGGUACAAUUAAGUCUACUGGAUUUUCAAAAAGAAAAUACCGUAUACAAACUGAAAUCGUUACUUGUAACUCUAAAGCAUCCAUACAUUCUUCCAGUCAUGGAUAUUUCCUACUCUAUCCAGAAGAAGGCUUUGCUACUAGUCCAGCCAUUUAUAGCUCCUGGCAGUUUAAAGGACCGUAUUUAUCAAGUAAAGAAUCCUGCAACAUCUUAUGAUGUCAAGUACCGACUUGAAAAGGCUCAUCCAUUGCCAUUUCAAGACAUUGCCAAGUUUUCACGACAAAUUCUUGAAGCUCUUGCUGGACUUCGGUCCAAAGGAUUUAUAUGUGACCAUUUAAGCUCAACCAAUGUGGUUGUGGACAAUGGCAAUGCACGAGUCGCAGAAAUUUAUACGCCCGUAUUGGCUAUUGACCGCUAUAAAGACAGUCGAAAGCUCACAGUGAGUCUCGAGCAACAGAUGGACAUUGAUGUGCUACUUUUUGGGCACAUUUUAUAUGAAAUGGCGACCGGGAUGGAAUUAUUGUGCCCUCGGCCUGAAAAAAAGGUGUUGCAAAUGUUGGCACCAGAGAUUACUGAGGUACUGGAAGCUAUUUUCUAUUUUCAAGAGGGACUGGUCCAACCGGAUAUAGCACUGCUAUCCUCGGAGGAGGAGAGUAAAAGUGUGGACGUUGAUGAUGCUGCAAAAAUGGUAAAUUGCUCCGUCAAUAGCCGCAACAAGAAACACUUGUUCCUUGUUGAUGUGGAGAAAAUGCUGGAAGAUUUUCCAUUGUUUAGUGCAGCUCGUGAUGUCCCGCCGAUCCGGACUCUGUUUUCUGGAUUUCGUCUGGAUUCCAACAUGAAGAGUACAAUUAAAUACAGCAUGCGUAUAAAUGCAAGCCGCAGUCAGGCGCACAUUGUGCAUUACAACGAACAAGAAACACUGCUGCGAGCUCGUCAACGUGCUGAACGUCGCGUCUACGAAGAGAAGGAAAAACAGCAACAGCGUUGUCGGCAACUCACACCCAGUAAGAAUUCAACUAGCAAAGGCAUUGCAUACAGCAGCAAGACCAUAACGUCGAGAAGAAAGACGUUCCGCGCCGAUAGUUUCCGGAAGCACGCCCGACGUACGUUGUCUCGGCCUGACAGUGAUAAAUCCAGUACUACGAGUGCGUCUUCUAAUGCCUAG